AGUUAAAUAUAACUUAACAGAAGCAUUCUACAAGCAGUAACAGAAGUUCAGGUGUUUUGAUCGUGUACUAAAAGCGCAAACAAGUAGAGAUAACGCUAAACCGCUAAAAAAAAGUCAUGUCGUAUUGAGUUUAAUGAUUUUUUUUAAAGUUUUACUACUAUUGAUCGUCAUGUUUAAGAACGUUACGCAAAACAAACGAGUUUCAAAAGAAGUUGAAACUAUUUUACUUAAGAACGUUCGCAAAUGUAAGUUGUUAAAUUGCGACUACGAGUUUCGCCAUGUCAGUCUGUCUGUCCAUACCGACUCCGUAACCGCUGAACAGAUUUUAAUUACAUUUUGAGGAGUUCCCUCAAACUUGUCGACAAAUUACAAUUAUAGUUCAAAUCCAACAUCAGAAAUGGACACUGGGUUGACCUUCUGCUGACGGAAGUAAACGGGCGUAGAUUCGCCAGCCAGCUGUGAUGACGUCAUCACCCUGCCAGACUUGCGCGAGACAUCGUCCACGCAAAGGAAAGUUCACGAACUGCACACCAGUAGAUGAUGAUCUCGGCAGCGGAUGCUAGUCCACCACUGGAUUUUUCAUUCCGAAACCUCACUGUCGUGGAGGACCUCGGUGGGGCAAAACCAAGACGUGGUGUAAAACGGUACCGAAAAUCUGCGUCAGGUCUCUACAACUGUCAUUCUAUCCGUAUCAACAAUAACCAGCUGAUGUCAAUCCGAGGGAUAUACGCAACAAUCUACCAGAUAGUGGAGAGGCCUGAACAAUUAACGUGGCUCGAUCUGUCCUUCAACAAGCUAACGUCCCUUUCUGCAGAGUUGGUUGAACUCUCCGGCUUGAAAAUUAUGUACCUACAUGGGAACCUCCUUACUGAACUUGGCAAAGUUCUACAAACAUUAAAAAAUCUCUCGCAACUCUACAGCCUUACACUGCAUGGAAAUCCUCUGGAAGAACAUAAGAAGUACCGAACUAGAAUUCUGAGCACUUUACCACAGCUACGAUCCCUGGACUUCACCAAUGUAACAGUGUCUGAAAAACUGCAUCUGAAGAACAAGGUUAAGAAGACGGUCUCCAAAACGUAAUAUUUUUCUUUAUUCAUACACGGUCCUACUAGUUCUUGACUUCGGCACUAGAUGGUGUCCCAAGCAUGCUUUAGCGCCAGGGAAAGGACCCCUCAGUACCCACUAGAUGGGCCCCGGAACCAAUCUGGACACACAGGCUAGAAGAAAAAUACCCUUCCCCCGGUCAGGGAUCGAACCCUGGUAGUCCAGUCUUAAGUCGGACUAUACACUGACUGAGCUAACCUCGCUCAUACUGUUUCAAACAGAUUAUAUAAACAGACGAUUACUUGGAAACUAUUUUACAGUUAGUUCAUACAGAAAUCUUUGGUACAUGUAAGAUACGAACUGUUGCUUCAAGUAUACUGAUAACAGAAAAUUACGGACCAAAGGAGCAUCGAGAGAUCACAGGUUAAAACCCCACCUAAGAUACGAAUUAAUGCAUGUCACCAGAGAUAAAAAUAAAUGAAUGUCAUUCAUUACUGAAGAUAUACGAGCUAUACCAAUAUGAUACUAUUAAGAACCUUUAAAUUUUUCCUCGCGUCAUCCGCUUAAGAAUCAUAUGGGCUGACGUGUAUAACCUUACUUUCUUUGUUUAAAUAAUAAAUAGUAAGAGAAAAAAGAUAGAAAUGUCAUUGUUAAAUGGCACAUAAACGUGACAAUUGACAGUUGAUAUGCAUUUUAACAAUGUCAUGUGGGAAAAGAAUAAUGAGGUUAAAAAUCAUAAACACAACAAUGAUUAUACACGUGUAAUAAACAAAAUUACAUCUGUUACUACAGGACUGUCUAACAGACAAUGUAACUCAUUUUAAUAAUUAGGCAAAUAAUCACAAAUAUUCAGAUUUAAUAAAUAAGAAAACCAUUUAACUUGUAGGCCCACACAUUGUUCACUUUCUUAAUACUAUUAUGAAAGUUGUUAGUUAACAUUGUAUCACAACUGUUUGAUAUAGUGCCAGCACCACUUAUUGUUAUCAUGAACAUAAAGCUAGUAAUAAGGAACUGUUAAAGAUGAUAUUGGACAAUGUACUACAAACUAUCAUCAUUCAACAAUACAAUAACUACACACGAUCAACAAUAUGGAACCUACGUCACAUUUAUCCAUUUCAAUACAACAAUAUGAGGCAGCAACAGAGGGACUAGAAACCCAGCUGUUCUAUCGCAAGCGUAAAUUUUUUUUUUUAAAAAUUUUGACUUAUAAAAAUAAAAUGUUUAAGACGAGUGCAAACAUUUUUAAAAAAACUUCCUCGUACGAAAUAUAAUUUAAGGCAUCUUCAAGAUUUCCAGACAUUUGUUUACUUGUAAAAUGCCUUUAGUAUAUAAUCUAGGGAAGAUGUCAAAAUUUUGCAACCUAACAAUGCUGUAGCGUUGACAGGUUAUGUUAACAACAGAACACACCUCUUGGAAGGAACAACUAUUUAAUAAUAUUAUGUUUAACAAUAAAGUAAAGAGACUGAUUUUUUGUUCAUGUGGUGGUACAUGUAAUGCUCGUUCAAAUUAUCACUUUAAUUUCUUUUAAUAGCAGUUUUUUGUUUAUGUUAAGAAAGAAGACAAAGAAACUGGUGAA